CUCAUUUUGAUGAGCGACCUCCAACAAAAAAACCAGCCCUUCCCGAGGAUGUGCCGUCGCCUCAAAAUAGCCAAUUGGCAAUUAUGGCCACAUUAGACGCUAUCCAGAAACGCCAAGAAGAAGUUUUCGCGAAACUUAAUAGCGUCGAGACUCGCCAAUUGGAAAUGGGUGAAACGAUUAAUCAAAUGCAAGGUGCCCUUUCCGAAAAGAUGCCAGAACGUAGCGAAAUACAGGCGCAAAGCAAACUGUUGCGGGAAUGCAGGGUAUUGACAGCAAGGGUUCAGCAGUCUGUUAGUCGCAUCACCGGUGACGUGGAAACCGAGGAAUCGACAGAUUUAGCCAGCAUGCUUCCCAUGUCAUCGGUGGAGAAAGUCCAGGCUGCUGAAGCCAAGCUGAAAACCAAGGCAUAUGCCGACGCAAUGAUGGGGCUACUAGCUAGGCAAAAGGGCACCAAAGGCACAGUUGACGGCGUUAUGCGUGGCUUAUUUACAGACGAGACCGUGGCGCAUUUUAACUUGGAGGGAAGGGCUGGCAAGAUUCCACUUGUGGGACUUAAAGUCGUCGAUCUUCUUUUUGAUAUUUUCCUAGAAAAGUCGAAAGAAGAAGUUCGCGCUGCCCUGAAAAAAUAUAUUAGUUUAAGCCACAAUAGACAUAAUCAAAAAAAAUAUAUUACAAAAAAAAGUUUAAGUAAUAAUGUAGAAUAAUAAACUCUAAAUAGUAGCACUAAGUUUUUUAGAAGUAUUUAGAGGUAUUUAGAAUCUAGUACAUAUUGUGCUGCAAAUGCAUUUGCAACAUGUUUAAGCACCGGAUACUGGAAGCUCUUAU